AUGAUUGAAAAAAAAACAACUUCUUCACAGGUUUGGCAGUUGUUUGCUAUGCUCCAAGAACUUUGUUCCGCAAUACCCCAGAUCCCCACCAUACAAUGCAGCGCCCAAGUGGUCUUGCCAGUUGGCCAACAGCUGGAACCACAAACACAGCCACCCAUCUCCAGCCACCCCUGGUGCCCAUCCAUAAAAAUGCGUUCAGGUGACUCAACAGACCCAAUGCCAACACCGCUCACAAGGCACCGAGACCCAGGGCCUGCUGCCCCUUGCAACACCAGUCGCAGGAGCUCCGCAGUUGUCACAGCGCCACAGCACCACAGGUGCACCCCUUCAUGCCCUGCAUCCCCCCAGGUUUCAGACUAUAUGAAUUGGGACACACUGCACUUCAUACACAAGCUUUAUUGCAGGGACCUCCUGCGAACAGAAGCUUGA